UUUUUUUUUUUAUUGCUUUUGUUAAAGGAUCCUUUUUUUUUUCUCUCUUUCUCUUUUCCAAAAAAACAGUACUUUUAUUUUAAAAAAAAACAUGGAUUUGCCAGAGAAUUGGGUUGUCCGUCAUUCCCGUACAUACAACAAGGAUUAUUACUUUAAUACGGUAAGUAAAGAAUCGCGGUGGGAAGCACCCGUGUCAGGAGGAGGAGGAGGAGGAGGAGGCAGCGGAGGAGCAGAAGAUCCCGUCAUGACAGAUCGAGUGAGAGCCAGUCAUUUACUGGUCAAGACACGCGAUUCGCGCAGACCUAGUUCAUGGCGAGAGGAAAACAUCACACGUACCAAGGACGAAGCAUUGGCCAUCUUGCAAGAAUAUCAACGUAAAAUUGAAGCCGGACAGGAAACCUUAUCCGCUCUCGCCACUCAUUUCUCAGACUGUUCAAGUGCAAAACGUGGAGGUGAUCUCGGUUAUUUCGAAAGAGGUCAGAUGCAAAAACCCUUUGAAGAUGCUACAUUUGCUUUGCAAGUUGGUGAAUUGAGUAAACCUGUCUGGACUGAUAGUGGUGUACAUCUUAUCUUGAGAACCGCCUAAAAGGGAAUAAAAUAUUUAUUAAAAGAGGUUCUUUUUUUAUUGUAAUAAAAAAUUAACUGGCGUGUGGUUAUAACUACAUGCAUAUUCCAAUGUUCAA